UAUAUAUUACUGUAUAUAAACAUCCAUAAACAGCCCCCAAGCCCCUAGCUAGGUCGGGGAAAGCGAGAAGAAAACGUAACAAAACAACAUUCAACAUGAAGCAAAAAAUCACGAUCAGUCUGGCGGUAAACAACGAUAAAUGCCGGGCAAAGGCUAUGCAAAUUGCAGUAUCUACUCCAGGGGUGAUAUCGGUUACUAGUGAUGCAGAUAAAAACCAGUUGGUGGUUACCGGCGGCGGCGUCGAUUCCUUUGAGUUGAUGAAGUGCUUGAAGAGGAAAUUCAAAUGCGCCAGCAUUGUCUCCAUUGAAGAAGUGAAGCCGCCGGAGAAGAAAGACGAUAAGAAGAAAGAUGAAUGCUGCAAAACUUGUCCUUGUCCGCCGCCGGGUUACAACAAUCCAUGCGUACAGUACUACCCGGUGUGUCAACCGGUUUACGACUCCAAUCCUAGUUGCUCCAUUCAAUGAAGUCAUGCAAAAUUGGAAACUGGAAUAACUUUCUCAGCUCAGUAUACGGUGGGUUUUGUU